CUUUUACCCUACUCCAGCUCUGUUUCGGGGAAGGGUCAACUCGAGGCUAACGGAGUCAAGAGACGGUUGAGGCUUAGUGUCUCUGAUCCCCCAAAUGAUCCUGUUUCUUGGGGUUUCCUGCCCUUAGAGGAGACCGUAUGGUCAACUAUUUGGCCUCUGUAAGGGUUUUAGCUUCUCCCUCUUUCCUUUCUUUUGACUUCUGACUCCUCGCCCGGUCCUGGGCUCCAGAGACGAUAAACCUCAAUACUAAAGACUAAACCUUUCAGAAGCAUGCAACCAAGUGAUGGCUUUUUACUUAAAAUUUGAAUAUGGAGGCCACAGGAACAGAUGAAGUUGACAAGUUAAAAACUAAAUUUGUAUCUGCUUGGAACAACAUGAAAUAUAGUUGGGUGUUGAAAACAAAGACAUAUUUUAGUAGAAAUUCCCCUGUAUUAUUGCUUGGAAAAUGUUACCAUUUUAAAUAUGAAGAUGAAAAUAAACUGUUACCUGCAAGAUCAGGAUGUACAAUAGAAGAUCAUGUAAUUGCGGGAAAUGUAGAUGAAUUUCGUAAAGAUUUUAUUUCAAGAAUAUGGCUGACUUACAGGGAAGAAUUUCCUCAGAUAGAAGGCUCUGCUUUGACAACAGACUGUGGUUGGGGCUGUACAUUAAGAACUGGACAGAUGCUGUUGGCUCAAGGACUCAUACUACAUUUUCUUGGUAGAGCUUGGACCUGGCCUGAUGCUUUGAACAUUGAAAAUUCAGACUCUGAUUCAUGGACUUCCCACACUGUAAAAAAAUUUACUGCAUCAUUUGAAGCAUCGCUUUCAGGGGAAAGAGAACUCAAAACCCCCAAAGUUUCUCUGAAGGAAACACUUGGGAGAUAUUCUGAUGAUCAUGAAAUGCGAAAUGAAAUUUAUCAUAGAAAAAUCAUCUCUUGGUUUGGUGACUCCCCCUUGGCUGUCUUUGGCUUACAUCAACUAAUAGAAUAUGGGAAGAAAUCUGGGAAAAAAGCUGGAGAUUGGUAUGGACCAGCUGUGGUUGCUCACAUUUUAAGAAAAGCUGUUGAAGAAGCAAGACACCCUGAUUUACAAGGAAUAACUAUUUAUGUUGCACAAGAUUGUACAGUUUACAGUUCUGAUGUAAUUGAUAAGCAGUGCACUUCCGUGGCCUCUAAUAAUACAGAUGACAAAGCGGUGAUUAUUCUAGUUCCAGUUAGACUUGGUGGAGAAAGAACCAACAUCGACUACUUAGAGUUUGUAAAGGGUAUUUUAAGCCUUGAAUAUUGUGUGGGUAUUAUUGGUGGCAAACCUAAACAGUCAUAUUACUUUGCUGGAUUUCAAGAUGACAGUUUGAUUUACAUGGAUCCUCAUUACUGCCAAUCUUUUGUAGAUGUCAGCAUAAAGGAUUUCCCUCUUGAGACAUUCCACUGCCCUUCUCCUAAAAAGAUGUCAUUUCGAAAAAUGGAUCCUAGCUGUACAAUAGGAUUUUAUUGCCGAAAUGUUCAGGACUUCAAACGAGCUUCUGAAGAAAUCACCAAGAUGCUGAAAAUUUCUUCUAAGGAGAAAUAUCCCUUAUUUACUUUUGUAAAUGGUCAUUCCAGAGACUAUGAUUUUACAUCUACUACAACCAAAGAAGAAGACCUAUUCUCAGAGGAUGAAAAGAAAAGAUUAAAAAGAUUUAGCACGGAAGAGUUUGUUUUGCUUUAAAAAUCUGUAUAUUUGUGCUUGGUGAGAAGAACUCCUUUGAAGGGGGAAAAGUGAAGAGAAACAAGUGUACUUGAAACUGGUUUAUUUUCACAAAUAUCUUGAUUUUAUAUGUUCUUUAAAAAAAGAACAUUUGAAAAUAUACAAGUAAAAGAUAUUUUUUCUGAAAGAAAUGAUUUAAUGAAUCUUGAUUUCUAAUAAAUGUCAAAUGAUUCUGG